GCAUCGAUCGACGCGACGAGACAAGAUGCGGGAGAGAUGAAGAUCACCAACCUCUACAAAGUCGAAACACUCGACCAUCGCUUUGCUCCUCCCGGACAAGCAGAGCAGAAGCCUCUCGCCGACGCCCAGCCGUCGAAAUGGAACACCCCCGAAUACUACAUCUACUACCUCUUCUUCCUGACCAUUCCUCCGUUGAUGUUCAAAGCGGUUUAUGAUGUGUCACAACCGUCUCACCCCAACUACGCCCGCUAUGAGCAACUACUCUCUCCAGGAUGGAUACCAGGCCGCAAAGUCGACAACUCCGAUGCGCAGUACAGGGGCUUUCGAGACAACAUCCCCUAUAUGGCGGUUGUAUUGUGUCUGCACCCCUUGCUCCGAAAAGCGUAUGAUCGCUGGGCUGGGGACUCGGUUUUUACGCAAGCCAAUGGUUCCGCAAAGCAGAGACCCGAGGAAGGAACGGCAGCGGAUGCACGGCUGGCGAGACGUAUUCGAUUCGAUCUGGGCUUUGCUACUAUCUUCCUCCUGGCCCUGCACGGCUUCUCCGCACUGAAGGUGCUACUACUUGUCUACCUCAACUACCAGAUAGCGACUGCGCUUCCAAGACGCUACGUUCCCAUCACCACAUGGAUCUUCAAUAUUGGCUUGUUGUUCGUGAAUGAGCUCUACCACGGUUAUCCAUUUGCAAAACUUGCUGGAAACACCUCUACCUGGGGAGCUUGGCUCGACAGCUAUGGCGGGCUGAUACCACGAUGGGAAGUCUUGUUCAAUUUCACCGUCCUCCGACUUAUCGCUUUCAACUUCGACUAUAUCUGGAUGCGGGAUCGUCGCGAAUCCAGCCCAGUGGAGAAGAAGAGCAUCGACCCCUCAAAUCUACCUGAAAAGGAGCGACUCAAAUAUGGAGCCACGGUCAAGGACUUUACCUUCCACAACUACCUCGCCUAUACCCUCUACUCACCCUUGUAUCUCGCCGGACCCAUCAUCAACUUCAACGACUACAUUUGUCAAUCCCGCUAUCAACUUUCCACAAUCAGUCGAUCACGAAUCGUCCCCUACGCCAUCCGCUUCAUCAUUUGCCUGCUCACAAUGGAAGUAGUCCUCCAUUACUUGUACGCAGUCGCCAUCUCCAAAUCCAACCCAGACUGGACAGCCUACACGCCCUUCCAACUAAGCAUGCUGGGCUACUUCAACCUCCACGUCAUCUGGCUCAAACUACUCCUUCCCUGGCGCUUCUUCCGCCUUUGGGCAUUGCUCGACGGCGUCGACGCUCCGGAAAAUAUGGUGAGGUGUAUGAGUGACAACUACUCUACCAUGGCUUUUUGGAGAAGCUGGCACCGCAGCUUCAACCAGUGGGUCACGCGAUAUAUCUACAUUCCUCUCGGCGGCAGUCGAGUCGGCAAAGUUCGCGCCGUCAUGAAUUUCCUCGCAGUCUUCACAUUCGUCGCAAUCUGGCACGACAUCAAUCUGCGGCUACUGAUCUGGGGCUGGCUUGUGGUGUUGUUUGUCCUGCCGGAAGCCAUCGCCACUCUCCUGUUCCCCCACAAAGCAUGGAAAGAUAGUCCCAACGCCUACCGCUGGCUCUGUGGUAUCGGAGCCGUGGGCAACGUCCUGAUGAUGAUGGCGGCAAAUCUGGUCGGAUUCGCACUUGGCCUGGAUGGCUUGAAAGGUCUCGUCGAUGGAAUUGUCAGCACCCUUGGCGGACGAGUAUUCUUGCUGGCCGCGUGCAUUACUCUCUUCGUCGGUGCGCAAGUCAUGUUUGAGGUUCGCGAGGCGGAGAAGAGAAGGGGGAUCAAUAUGAAGUGCUAAUUCUACUCAUCUCGAGCAGGCAUCGAUACUUGGCUUCGAGUCAAUCUCUGCAGCUCAAUUCAUUUCAAUACCUCCAUGGGGCACAUGGCGUCCGUCGCUCGCUCGUCCGUCGUUCGCUCGUCUGCCACGCAGCUG